CUGUUCUCUUAUUAUUGAUUAUUUCUGCAAAGUACUCCGUCUUCUUCGGUUGUUCUCUGUAGCAUUGCGUUAUCCGGAAAAUAAUCCGGACGAUUCUCCCAAUUUAUUUAUCCCCCAACCACGAAUCUAUGGAAUAAUUCGCAAAAAAGAGGGAAAAGAACAUAAAAACACACAAUCAUGUCCUCACGACGCCUCUCUCUAGCCCUUAGACGGGCCCGGCUGCCCAGCGCUCGCCCUGCUGCCCGGCCGAUUGUCUCAAUCCCCUCUCCGACCUCCUCUACGACCUCCUCAAUCUCCGCCCGCCCGUUCACGGCCUCGUCGACGGUGGCCGCCGACUCGACUCGACAGAUCAAAUACACGAGCGACGCGUACCCGAACAUCAAGCGGAACCCGAACUUCGCCCAGGUCACCGCGGAGGAUGUGCGGUUUUUCCAGGAGCUGCUGGGGGCCCCCUCAGCCGUGGUGGACGGGGUGACGAGCGACAACGCAGCCGACGACAUCGAGCCGUUCAACAGCGACUGGAUGCGCAAGUACCGCGGACACACCCGGCUGGUGCUCAAGCCCAAGGACAAAGAUGAGAUCAGCGCGGUGCUGCGGUACUGCAACGAGAAGAAGCUGGCUGUGGUGCCGCAGGGGGGGAACACGGGCCUGGUGGGCGGGUCGGUGCCCGUGUUCGACGAGAUCGUGAUCAACACGUCGCGCAUGAACCAGAUCCGGUCCUUUGACGAGGCCUCGGGCGUGCUUGUCGCCGAUGCGGGUGUGAUUCUCGAAGUGGCCGACCAGUACCUGGCGGAACGGGAGCAUCUGUUCCCGCUCGACCUGGGGGCCAAGGGGUCGUGUCAUCUGGGCGGCAACGUUGCCACCAACGCCGGUGGACUGCGGCUGCUGCGGUAUGGCUCGCUGCACGGCUCGGUGCUGGGUGUGGAGGCCGUGUUGGCGGAUGGAACGGUGGUCGACGCCCUGUCGACCCUGCGCAAGAACAACACGGGCUAUGACCUGAAGCAGCUGUUCAUUGGGGCGGAGGGCACGCUGGGCAUCAUCACGGGGGUGGCGGUCCAAUGCCCGCCGCGCCCGAAAGCCGUCAAUGUUGCCUACUUUGGUCUCGAGAGCUACGACCAGGUGCGCGCCGCCUUCCGCGAGGCCAAGGGCCAGCUGUCGGAGAUCCUGUCGGCGUUUGAGCUGAUGGAUGGCCGCAGCCAGCGCCUUGUGCACGAGUCCACGGGCAACAAGUACCCACUCGAGGGGGAGUACCCCUUUUACUGCCUGGUCGAGACCAGCGGGUCCAACGGCGAGCACGACCUGGCCAAGCUCGAGGCCUUCCUCGAGCACAUCCUCGGCGAGGGCAUCGUCGCCGACGGCGUCCUGGCCCAGGACGAGACCCAGUUCCAGGCCAUCUGGCGCUGGCGCGAGGGUAUCACCGAGGCCCUCUCCCACCUCGGCGGCACCUACAAGUACGACGUCUCCAUCCCCCUCACGGACCUGUACCAGCUAGUCGACGACACCCGCGACCGCCUGACCUCCCUGGGCCUGGUCGGCGAGGAUGACUCGUACCCGGUGCGCGCUGUCGUCGGCUACGGCCACAUGGGCGACUCCAACCUGCACCUUAACGUUGCCGUGCGCCAGUACUCCAAGGAGGUCGAGAAGGCCAUCGAGCCCUGGGUGUACGAAUGGAUUGCCCAGCGCAACGGCUCCAUCAGCGCCGAACACGGCCUGGGUGUUGCCAAGAAGGAGUUCAUCGGCUACAGCCAGAACGAGACCAAUCUGAAGCUCAUGAAGCAGCUCAAGGCUCUCUACGACCCGAAUGGCAUCAUGAACCCCUACAAGUACAUUUAGUCAAAAGUUAGUCUGUAUAAUUCUGUUUACCUUUCAACACAACAUAUCAUAACACACCUACUUGCCUUGGUACACUACAUCUCUACAUCUAUCCUGCAUCUAUCUUGCAUAUUUAAUUAGCAAGGCAAUGCAUGUCUUAAGCCGGCAGGUAAUUAGCCCUGACUGCAUGGUGCAUCCAGUCUACUCCGUACAUCUAUAUAAACUUCUGGCAGCAUCCCUCACUUAUCUG